AUUAGCCCUGCGAUCAGAUAUUAUUACAAGAAUGCCAUGAACUUCACUGAGGGCGCUUAGGUAUUAAACCCAACCAGGCAUCUUCAAUUCAACAUUCUCGCUCUUACGGGUUUAAGCUCUGCGUCGGCUCUCGCCGGAGGAAGAAACAACCAAGCCCAGCGACGAUGUCAAAUAUAGUGCUUUUCGAAGAUAUCUUCGUGGUCGAUAAACUCGACCCAGAUGGCAAGAAGUUUGAUAAAGUCACUCGUAUUGAAGCGCGGAGCCAGAACUGUGAAAUGUUCAUGCACUUAGAUGUGAAUUCUGAGAUAUACCCCAUGCACGUUGGUGAGAAAUUUACAAUGGCAUUAGCUCAUACAUUGAAUAUGGAUGGGACACCAGAUACUGGCUAUUAUACUCAGGGUGGGAGGAAAUCUCUUGCAGAUAAGUAUGAAUAUGUCAUGCAUGGGAAGCUGUACAAGAUCUCAGAUGAAGGUUCAGGAAAAUCACUAAAAGGGGAGAUAUAUGUUUCAUAUGGUGGACUUCUCAUGCAGCUGAGGGGAGAACCUUCUCAUCUCGCUCAGUUCGAGCUCGACCAGAGGCUAUUUCUCCUCAUUAGGAAGCUUUGAGGCUUCGUUAUGAAUUCGAGGACAAGUAUCUUUAACAUGUACUAUUAAGAUAACCUCCUAGUGGUUUCUUGAAUUAUUAUGGCUCGGAGAUUGGCAUUAUCUUGAAUCCCAUGUAGACUUUUGCUUUAUCCAAAAGAACAUGGUUUACUGAAUUUAUU